AUGAUUGUAAUUAACUCUACUAAGGUUUCAUUUUUCACACUUGCAGCUUACUCAGACACUGGGCUGUUAAAGUAUAUAUAUUUUAUCAUUAUGAUGUGCAUCUAUGUUUUGAUUAUUUGUGCAAAUCUUUUGCUUGUUGUGGUAAUCUGUAUGAACGGAAGCUUACAUGAACCUAUGUACAUAUUCCUCUGCAGUCUGUUUGUGAAUGAGCUGUUUGGUAGUACAGGGUUGUUUCCAUUUCUCCUGGUUCAGAUUCUCUCUGACAUUCACACUGUUUCUGUUCCUUUUUGUUUCCUACAGAUUUUCUGUUCUUACUCAUACGUAACUGUUGAAUUUACAAACUUAGCAGUAAUAUCCUAUGACAGAUAUGUUGCUAUAUGUUAUCCUUUACAAUAUAAUGUAAAUAUGACCUCUUUCAAGGUUACCAUGCUCAUUGCAGUGGUAUGGUUACCUCCUUUUUUAGUGGUGUUUGUUACGACUGUUUUGACUGCCUCUUUACAGCUGUGUGGAAACAUCAUAAAUAAAGUCUACUGUAACAACUACUCCAUAAUUAAACUGAGUUGCUUUGACACCAAAACCAACAAUUAUUAUGAACUAACUGCUGCUACUUCAAUAAUUUGUGUUUCACUGUCCGUGACAUUUUACACUUACAUGAAGAUUCUUCAAGUCUGUUAUUCUGGUUCCAAACAGACCCGACAGAAAGCUGUCAGUACCUGCACACCUCACCUGGCCUCUCUGCUCAACUAUUAUUUGGGGGCUUUUUUUCUAUUAUUAGAAAACAGAUUUAAUAUGAACAGUGUACCGUACAUGUUGCAAAUAUUACUAUCAUUGUAUUUUCUUAUUUGCCAACCACUCCUCAACCCUUUAAUUUAUGGCCUCAACAUGUCAAAAGUACGCGUCAAAUGUAAAAAUAUUUUCUUCCGUUCUUUUGGAAAGAUUAAAACAUCCAGCUGAUCUAGUUGAUCCAUGGCACUGAGUCUUGAAUAGAAAGGUAAACCAUCCUCAGUAUGAAUCUAUUUCACUGACA